AUGGCUGAAAUCUCAAUCAUUAUACCGAUUUAUAAUGGUGAAAAAUGGAUUGAUAAUUGUAUGAAAUCUAUAUCAACACAAACACUUCUUGGUACAGAUGUGAAAUUAGAAUUGGCUCUGUACAAUGAUGGUAGUAAAGAUCGAACGGAAAAUUUGCUACAAAAAUGGAAAGUAUAUUUUACAACACAUGGUGUGGGCUUCGUAUCAUCAAGCGGGUCUAUUUCAAAAGGAGUUGGCUUUGCUAAAAAUCAAGCUGUUAAGAUAAGCACAGGAAAAUUUCUUUGCUUUCAAGACAUUGACGAUGUUAUGUAUCCAGAUCGAUUGCGUUUACAAUGGGAAGCUGCUAAAUUGAAUCUCAAUGCAAUUAUUGGUAGUAAAAUAAGGAGAGUUCCCAUUAAUUCAACCCCUCGCCUAGUUCGCUGGGCGAAUAACUUAUCUAAAGACCAGUUGAAAUUACAGAUAUACACUUCAAAUGGACCCACUUUACUCAUGCCUUCUUGGUUUUGCCACAGAUCUGUUUAUAACAAUGUUGGAGGCUUUGAUGAAACGGGACCUGGAACACCAGAAGAUUUAAUAUUUUUUUAUCAUCAUAUAGAUGCUGGUGGUGAUUUGUACAGGGUGGAUAAGGAAUUAUUAAUAUAUACAUACCAUGAGGGGGCAACAACAUUUUCUGUAAAACGAGAAAUUAUAUGGAGGAUACAGCUGGAUCGUUUAGAAAAAUGUGUACUGCCGUUGUGGAACCGAUUUACUGUAUGGAAUGCAGGACGUUGGGGAAGAAGAUUAGUCCGUUCAUUGAGUUUUAAUAGUUUAAAUAAGGUUGAUGCAUUCUGUGAUAUAGAUCAAAAUAAAAUAGGGCAUACGAUAGAACUAUAUUGUCCCUUUAAGAGAACGAUAAUGAAAAGAUUACCAGUACUACAUUUUACAGAGGCCAAACCACCAUUUUUGAUAUGUGUUAAACUAAACUUAACUAAUGAUGAAUUUGAAAAAAAUCUUGAAUCAUUGAAUCUCACUGAAGGAAUUGACUAUGUUUUAUUUAGUUAA